AUGCUUGUUGUUGGGUUGACAGGCGGAAUUGCCUGUGGGAAAUCGACAGUUUCGAAGAGAUUUCGAGAACGGUACAAGAUCCCUAUAAUCGAUGCAGAUUUUAUUGCCAGGGAGAUUAUGGAACCUGGUGAAUGUACAUAUCAAAAGGUUGUUGAGAGAUUCCAGGAUAAGGUACCGGAUCUUGUCUUUGCGAAUGGUGGAUUGAAUAGACCUGCCUUAGGGGCUUGGGUAUUUGCUCAUCCGGAUGAGCGCAAGGCAUUGAAUAGCAUUACGCAUCCUGAGAUUAGGCGGAGGAUUUUGUUUAGAAUUUUGGCUUGUUACCUGAAGAUGUAUCCAAUGUGUGUCUUGGAUAUUCCGUUGUUAUUUGAGGCAGGGAUGGACAUAUUUUGUGGGGUAACCAUUAGUGUGGUUUGUGAUCAAAAGACGCAGGUUGAAAGGUUAAUGGUUCGAAAUCCUGAACUAACUAGGGAACAAGCGUUGGACAGAAUUGGUUCCCAGAUGUCCAUCGAGGAAAGAAUUGAAAGAUCUGAUUAUGUGAUUAAGAACAAUGGGAAUUUGGAGACACUCUACGGGUCUGUGGACAGUGUCGUUACAUAUGUCAAACCAUUUAUUUUCAGUGUUAUAUUGCACUAUUUUUUGCCUUUUGGUAUAAUAUCUGCACUAUCUGUGAUGUUAUCUAAAACAUACAAGAACCGGAUUGCUAGUUCAGCAAGCUUCAGGAGACGCGAUAGGAAUAAGAAGAAAGAGGAUAAGCUAAAGAAGAAAAUGGCUAAGGUGAAUAAGAAAACUGCAAUCAAGGACAAAAAGAAGGCGUCGAAGGGAGAGAAAAAGAAGCGCAUGUCAUUUUUCAAGGUUUUUGGCUAA